GUGUUGAGUUAUUGGCUGGUGUACAGCUAUAUAUUGGUGUCAUAUAAUAUGGCAUAUAGAUAUAUAGUAAUGCUAUGUAACAAUAAACAGGGCCCGGGUAUUGAAUUAAUGGCUGGAUGCAUGGCUGACUUGGACGGCAACCACAUCCAUCAUUAUCCACUAGAUGUUGAUGUUGAGCAACCUGGGAAAGGAGGGAUUCAUCUCCAUGUGAUUGAUCCCCCGAAAGCAAAAUUAUCUAACAAUCAAAUAUGCGGUGAGGGAGGGGUUGGUAUCACUAUGGGUCGCCAUAGAGCUUCAAGGUUGGCUUCACAUGAGACUAAACAAGCUGAGGGGGAUGCCCCCACUAUGAGAACCAUCAAUGAUAAAGGUAUGUGAUCAUAGGCGUCGAUUUUUUCACGUUGUAAACCAAUCUUAGGGGGGCGAAAUAAAUGUCAGUGUAUGCUUAACUACGACGCACGUGAAGGCUAAACUACGACGCACGUGGAGGCAAAACUACGACGCACGUGAAGGCU